CGCGGCACUAGGCUCAGAGCGCCGCGCGCGCCCCGCUCCGCCGGUGACGGCGCCAGCGGCAGCGCCAGGAAGAAACGCUGUGGGAAGAGCUGUAUGGCAGAUCUCUUGAAGCAGACAUUGCCACCAAGAAGAGAUCGUCCUUUGAAUAUUAAUCUACAUUUACCUCAGUGUUUCAAAGUUUGUUUACAGUUUUGGUAAAUGAUGGCUCAGCUCCAGCAAGGAGGUCCAGAUGAAAAAGAGAAGACCACUGCGUUGAAGGAUUUAUUGUCUAGAAUAGACUUGGAUGAACUAAUGAAAAAAGAUGAGCCACCACUUGAAUUUCCUGAUACGUUGGAAGGAUUUGAGUACAUUUUUAAUGAAAAAGGGCAAUUAAGACACAUUAAAACUGGGGAGCCAUUUGUUUUUAAUUAUCGUGAAGAUUUGCAUAGAUGGAACCAAAAGCGCUAUGAAGCCCUUGGAGAGAUCAUUACUAAAUACAUUUAUGAACUACUGCAGAAUGAAUGCCACUUGAAGAAAGUAACUCUUCCAGUUGAUGCAAUUGAGACUGAACCAAAGAGCUUUAUCUUUAUGAGUGAAGAUGCAUUAGUAAAUCCUGACAAGCUGUUGGUCCUAAUUCAUGGUAAUGGUGUUGUCAGAGCUGGUCAAUGGGCUAGGAGACUCAUAAUUAAUGAAGAUCUGAACAGUGGGACACAGAUACCAUACAUAAAGAGAGCUAUUGAGGAAGGCUAUGGAGUAAUAGUUCUGAAUCCCAAUGAGAACUAUAUUGAAGUUGAGAAGACAAAAGCCCAAAUACAGCUGUCUUCUGAUAUCUCAGAUGAACCUGCAGAAAAGAGAGAAAGAAAAGAUAAAAUCCAUAAGGAAACAAAGAAGCGACGUGACUUCUAUGAAAAGUAUCGAAAUCCACAAAAAGAAAAGGAAACUAUGCAGAUCUAUAUUAGAGAUAAUGGCUCUCCUGAAGAACAUGCGAUUUAUGUUUGGGACCAUUUUAUUUCCCAGUCAGCUGCAGAGAAUGUGUUUUUUGUUGCUCACAGUUAUGGUGGACUUGCCUUUGUAGAGUUGAUGAUUCAACGAGAGGCAGAAGUAAAGAACAGGGUAACUGCUGUGGCGUUGACAGACUCAGUUCACAAUGUAUGGCAUCAAGAAGUUGGGAAAACUAUUCGAGAGUGGAUGCGAGAGAACUGCUGUAACUGGGUGUCCAGCUCCGAGCCCCUAGACACAUCAGUGGAGUCCAUGCUGCCAGACUGUCCCCGUGUCUCUGCAGGUACAGAACGCCAUGAACUAACUUCUUGGAAGAGUUUUCCAUCUGUUUUCAAAUUCUUCAGUGAGGCUGUAAAAGCAAAGAACAGCUUGGUGAAACCAACCCCAACACGGCGCUCCAACAGGAUAAAAUAUGAAGAAUUCUAAAAGGAGGGGAGGGAAAAAACCCACCACCAAUGUCUUCGCUGCUUAUUUUCUGCAAGGAGUCUCCCAGCCCCUCAUUAGAUUGUUUUCUUCCUAGAGCACAGGGUUGUGAUGUAUACAUCUAAAUAGCAUUUUGCAUUAUUUCUAGAUGAGUGCAACUGUCAAAGCAAUAUGGGUUCACUGGUUGUGCUUCCUGUGGGCUGUAACUUGGAUUUUGUGCUGCCCAUCAGUGUGCAGAUUAAGGCUGACAGUGGUACUGCACAGUACAGCAUGGUGCAGCUCUAAUUGCCCUGACAUAGCCCUGCACCAAGCUGAUGCCGGAAUUUAACAGCUUCUUCCAGUCCUAUUGCCUGCAGGAUAUUUUGCAGCUUCCUUCUAUUUUGACACAGAACAAAAUACUAAUUACUCUUUUCUAAAAGAUGGACCUAACUCAAACAUGUUAACCAGCCUAUGAUUUUACACCUAGUAGCCUUCUCUUUCUCUGGGACCAAGUGGAAUUGACUUUUAACU